AGUUAACACGCUGUCACGCAGUAAGUGACGACGUAGUGUCAAAUUAAAAAAAUCAACUUCCUUGAAAUAAAAAAGUUUAAAACCUAGACAAGGUGUCGGUAUCGAUUCUCUUCAAUCUUGAUCCCUCUCAUCGUUCUGUGAGAGGGUUUCAUCUGAGAAUUGAAGCCGUUUAAUCCUCGUAUUUUCAUUUUCUCUGGCUAACAGAAGAGCUCACUGAUAUCUGCUCGGCUCCAAUCUGCGUUUACAACACCCAACGCAGUUGGAUGUCAGAUUCGUCCGCAUAAUCACUCAACCUUGAUUGUGUUGCGUACAGGUCUAACUCAGAGAAGUUUCAGACACCAUGAUUAAGUUGUUUAAGGUGAAGGAAAAACAGAGAGAGCUUGCUGAAAAUGCAAAUGGGAAGCCACCGGUGAAGAAGCAAAGUGCAGGAGAACUUCGACUUCACAAAGAUAUAAGCGAAUUAAAUCUACCAGAGACGUGUAGUAUAGCAUUCCCUAAUGGAAAAGAUGAUCUAAUGAACUUCGAGGUUACCAUUAGGCCCGAUGAAGGGUACUACUCAGGUGGAACAUUCAUAUUCUCCUUCCGAAUUUCUCCAACAUACCCUCAUGAAGCCCCGAAAGUCAAAUGCAAGACAAAGGUUUACCACCCAAACAUUGACUUGGAGGGAAAUGUGUGUCUUAACAUUCUUCGAGAAGACUGGAAACCAGUGCUGAACAUUAACACCAUAAUUUAUGGGCUGUAUCAUCUCUUCACGGAACCAAACCAUGAGGAUCCUCUCAAUCCAGAUGCAGCCGCGGUGCUGAGGGAUAACCCGAAGUUGUUUGAGUCCAAUGUGAGAAGGGCAAUGUCGGGAGGUUAUGUUGGACAGACAUUCUUUCCCCGUAGCUUCUAGGGUUCAGAGAAAGAAGAUCUUUGCCAUGUGAUAAUUUCUCCAAAAUAUUGAUUGGAUGCACUUCUCUCACUCUCCCUUCAGCUUUAUGCAUAAACGAGACCCUGCAGAUUGUAUGCCCAAGUGGGUUUCGUUUGGUGAAUUGUUAUUUGUAAGAAUGUCAACGGUUGUCCUCUCUGGAUGAAUUUGCUUAUUAAGUGUGUGUGGCUGCUUAUUAUAUAUUCUUCAUUCCUGGAUUGAGUUGAAUGAUGUGUUUUGUUGUCAUUAUAUAUUUUAAUCUUUAUUUGACCAUCUUUUAUUCUUUUUAUUGGAAAAAAGUUUUCCAUAUCACAAUUUCAAUUUUUUAUGACGAC